ACAGCGUGUUCCAGUUCCCGCCAAUAUUCAGCAACUUCCCCCAGCCAUUGAAGAGGAGUGAGACAACAUUCCACAGGUCACAAUCAACAGCCUGAUCAACUUUAUUUGAAGGAAAUGUGUCGCAUUGCAUGAGGCAAAUGGUGGUCAAACCAGUUACUGACUGUUUUUCUGAUCCACGCCCCAGUCAUGUGAAAGCCAUAGAUUAGAAUGUAUUUAAAUUGACUGAUUUCUUUAUAUGAACUGUAACUAUGUCAAAUCUUUGAAAUUGUUGCAUGUUGCGGUUACAUGUUUUUUUCCAGUGUAUUUUCAACCAGACUGACUAUAAGGAAAUAACACAGGUCAAAUUUUUUCAGGCUUUUUCAGCUGUUGUACAAUAUGAUAUAAGACACAGGCAAAACAGAAUUUUGACUACGCUGGGCCUUUACAUUUCAAUUGCGCUACAGCGCAGAUCUUCAGCGCUACAGAUUGAAUCAAGACCUUACAAGAAAUAAAAUAGUUAAAAGAUGCUAUUUAUUCAGGAUGUUCUGAGGAAAAACCGAUGGGAGAUUUACCAUUCUGGUAAAGUUCUAUGGAAAGUCUCUGAGACUAACUACCAGGAGCAUGUCUGUGUGGGAAUAGAAUUUGUCCAGGAGUUUCUUAUUUGUGAGAUGAAAUACAUCAUACGGUGUAAUUAAUGUUCAAGUGAUGUGAAGUCAUACAUUUUACUUUGAAAGUUGGUGUGGUUCUAGUACACUAUAUCUGGUACACUAUAUUCAAACUGGUGGUAUUAGGAGAGUGUGGCCAGUUCGAGAGAAAGCAGGAAGACAGGAGGGGUAAAAGAGUGGAUGAAAUGGAGGAAAAUGAGAACAGAUUGAAUGGAGUUGUCCACUGUGGAUUUAGAGUUGUAUCAAUAGAUUAAAGAAGAGGGGAGCUUAAGGCUUGGUUGAGCACCCUGACUUACUGACCAAGCGGUAUCAUGAAGAGUGACAGCCACACACUCCACAUAGGUUAGUGUGAGAGUCAACACCCUGAAUCACUGACAUGCUAUCUGAUGGAGAGGAAGAGAAGAGAGAGAGGAGACGGGUAGAGGAAUAGGAGUCCAUUAAAUACUACCACAAUCCACACUCACUACAUGAAGAACUGAAGAUCAAGGGGAAAUAAGACGAGUUGAAGAAGGUCGCAGUUGUAAAUGAGAACUUGUUCUCAACUGGCCAACCUGGUUAAUUAAAGGUUCCCUCUCUCUCCCUUCAUCAUGUCGUUUCUGUCCUGGGUGCGGUCCCCCAAGCUCACCUUCUUCCAGACGCUAGUGUCUCUGGUCCUGGGGGCCAUGGCCCUCUUGUCGUCCUACUGGUGUGAGGGCAGUCAGAAGGUCCCCAAGCCCCUCUGCUCAGCCAACAAACUGACCAAAUGCAUACCUGUGCCCGGGGUCUCGCAUAACUCCACCUCCAUCCAGUUCUCCUGGGAGACGGGGGACGACCGCUUCGUCUUCCCUGCCUUCCAUGCAGGCAUGUGGAUGAGCUGUGAGGAGAACAUCUACACUGACGCCUGGGAGGAAAAGUGUCGCAGUUUUCUUUCUUUAACUCCAGGGGGUGAAAAAGGAAUGUUGUGGUUGUCGGUGUCAAUGGAGCUCAUGUAUGUUGGGCUGCUGUGUAUCAGCUGUGUGCUGCUGUCUCUUCAGUUGUGUCUGGAUGCCUUUUGGCCCUCACAGAUCUGGGGACAGCUGCUCAAUGCCUACUCUGCAGUCUUCACUAUAUUAGGAGGGUUACUGGGAAUGGUGGCUCACAUGAUGUUCAUGCAGGUGUUCCAGACUACUGCCUCUAUGGGUCCAGAGGACUUCAAACCACACAGCUAUGGCUACUCCUGGGGCUUUUAUGUGGCAUGGCUGGCCUUUACCUGCUGCAUGUUGUCAGGAGUCUCCACCCUCAACAACUACACCAAGAAGACUGUAAUGGAGCGUAGGCGCAAAGCCCGCCUGUACCCCCCUCGAUUCCCUGACAUAGAGCCCCUGCUAGCCCCGGCCCCCUACUACUGCCCUCCGCCCCCUCACCCCUGUAUGUCCCCACCAUCCCCAGAACUCUCACCCCUGUCACCCUACUAUGACUCCCCUUCGCCACCCCCAACCUCAUCACCCCGUCCACUCACCCACUCCCUCUCCCUCCCCCACUGCUACACACUCCCCCACCCUGAAUACUUCCCACCUCCCCCAUCCCACCCUGCUCCCCUGUCCCCCUAUCACCGCCACUCCCUCCCCUCUCCCUCCAUCACUCUACCCCUGUCCGUCCACAGUUACACACCUCAGUACUACUCAGAGGACAGGGGCAGAGAGAUGGAGGAAGAGGGGAGGGAGUACUCAGAUGAGGAGUACAGCCCACUUUGACUGUAUGUGUGUGAUACUUACCUAUGAGCCAACAUACAUUUGGAUUUUGACAGAGCAAAUCAGUGUGAAGUAGUCUGAAACUCUCUGUCUAAACUUGUAUGCAUGCUGUAAAUAAAACUUUGUGAAAAUGUGCAAAAUGAUUUAAUUCACAGACUAGUAUGCCUUCUGUCAGUUUCACUGUGGUGCCUCUCUACCAGUGACUAGGUAUCAUUCAUCUCCCUGCAAUCUGUCCUCCACCAAUUAUGAUUAUUGAAUUGUUUAGCAUUGACAGGAGAAAUUAGAUUUAAAUCUGGUUUUAAUACAAAUUAUUAUCAUACUGAUAAUAGUAACAAAAAUAAAAUUGCAUUAGACAUACAAAGCACAAUGUGGAACCAAACAUGUUCAUAUUUACACAUAUAUCUCAAUGUGCAGCGAGCAAAUAUGCUCUGUCAGAUUUCAAGGCACUCAAGAUCUAUCCGUCUGUCUGUCUGUCAGUCCAUGGGUGUGUCUGGGGGAUAGGUUGAUUCAGACAAACGGAAGUUAACCUACACAAUAAGACUCACGGUACAAAGCAUAAGAUAACUACAUAAC